AUGACACCUCUCACACUACGACCACAUCUCUCGCGCUGUCUCACCCGCAGCUUCCACACCACGCGAUCCACCCGCUCAAAACUCGAUGUCGAUGCCCUUCUUUCAAAUCCAACCUGGUCCUUGGACACACUACUCCCUUCUGCCUCCUCCUCAUCCUCAGACACACCAACAAUAACCUCCAAACAACUACACCACCUCCUCCGCCUCUCCGCUCUCCCACCACCAAAAGAUGCCACCGCCGAGCAAAAAAUGCUACACUCUCUCCACUCACACCUGCACUUCGUCACACACAUCCGCAGUGUCGAUACCACUGGCAUCACGCCUCUGCAAAGUCUACGUGAUGAAACAAGCACGGCAAUCAAGGAUCAAGAGAUUGGUUUGGACCAACUGAAAGAUGCGUUGAGCAGGGAAGAGGUCAAAGGGAAAUACUACAAGAGAAUUAGAAGGAGGCAGGAAGCUGCUGAAGAGGGUGAAAGUGCGCAGAGUUGGGAUGUGCUUGGUCAGGCAACGAAGAAGGUGGGAAGGUAUUUUGUUGUCGAUGGCGGAAAGGAAGCAUAA